GACCACCUGACAACAUUAGUACGCAAAGGAUUUGAUCGCUUCUAUUUUUCGCGAUUUUUGCUUCAUCUCUUCGCGAUUUCUGCGUGCGCCUUAAGUCUUACCUUGCUCCUGUGUAAUUUGUAUGCUUAUUUUCGUCAUUUUUUUUGGAUGUGUAUGAUAAGUUAAAGAAGAAUCAAUCACAUUCUUCUAUUGUUCAUUUUUCCGUGGGAGAUUUCCUUUUAUGAUUUUGGAUCGAUACACCGAGCCAACCCGUAGCAAAAUGAGCAUCUCUGAGGUGGAGGAGGAGUGCCUCCUCGUCGGGCACACUAGUAACGGGAAAGAAGUACGAGCGGAAGUGGAAAAAACGGCACUGGCAGAAGAUGUCGCGGGACCAUCGGAAGUAGAUAAUGCCGGAGCUGCAACAGGGUCGUCGGGCUCGGAGGCGUCAGCAACAGCAACGGCAUCAACUUCAUCUGCUUCAUGCCUCCUGAGGUGGAGCCCCUCGCUGAUUAUCACUAUCCUGUCGAUCCUGGUCGGCAUUUUUGCGGUCCUGGUUGUGUCUUUUGCGGUAAUGUGGGGCCAAGAGCGAACCGAAGUCGAGACUUUGCAUGCAGAAAAAGCCGAGCUCUUGGAGAGGAUAAGCAAGAGCCCGGUAGUAUCCUGUGUAAAAACUUUCCCACCCCAAAUUUGUCAUGCAGACCUGCAUGCUUGAAAUGUUUUCCAUGCGGAGACCCAUGAGAAGCUUUUUCUAGUUGUGUUUUGAGAUUUGUGAUGCUCAAAUCAGCACGACAAACUGGAUCUGUGCUGCUGCUGCACUAGCUAAACACGACUACAUCACGGGCCCAAAUUUGUCAUGUACAACGGCCAAAGCUUGGUGAUUUGUGUACUUAGCAGAUUUCCCAUCUUGGCUAUGGGCGGGUGGGGACGUUUUUACAUAGGAUAGGUACGCGUUACUCCGCGCGACCACGACGACCCUAUGGCUUCUUCUAGUCCUCGUCACGAUAAUCGUAUGCAAAGAAAAAAGUAAAGUGUUACUGUUACAUUUAUAUUUGAAUACACAUUGUGUUGCGCAAGGCCAAGCAAGCAGACAGCUCCGUGGUCAUGCCGGAAGAUUAUAUUACGCUCAGGAGUGGAGCCUAGCUUCAUAUGGGUUUAUUUCCCAAUAUCAUCUCGUCAUUCUUUUUCUUGCAAGUUUUCUAUUGUUGCUGAACUUGUUGCAAGAACAAAUGUGUAUGUAACUGUACAUAUAACACCUUUUUCUUGGGAUAGAUUCUGUUCCUGCGCCGUCUGAUGGACUUCCUCCGGUUGUUGGACCAGAUCGAAGUGCAGGUGGUCCCCCUGCGGCUGCGCUUGCUCCGGCGACCGUGGCCAAUAUGAAUCAGCAGAACCUAGGCCCGCGAGCGCAACACCAACAGCCACCCGACAACGCGCAUUGUCUAAACCCAAACUUUCAUUCAGCCUCCGGCAACGAUGGCAGUGGCGGGGGCGGCUCCGUGGCUCCGCAACCAAAGACCGUGCCUUGGCCUUGGCCGCCGUCUGUACAGGCCGGCACGAACAUGCAAGGCCCGGCUUGGGGCGAAACAUUUGGUGGGGUUCCCUUCUCCGGCCACAUUCCCUACGACGUACCGAAACACAUGGUAGAGCCCUUCAAAGCCGACGAGGGCCCGAUGAACAAGAAGCGGGUUGCCACCUGUCUUACGGGCGGGCUGCGGUCCUUCAUCUUGCCGAAUGUGUACAAGAGUCUUGGGGAUAAGCUGAUUGGCAGUCUGACGGAAGCGCGGAUUGCGGCCGGCGAUGCGGAUGCGAAGGUUGACGUUUUUUUCAUCGGGUCGCUCACUCCCGCGGCCGGAAACCAUCUCUCCCAGGUCCUCCUCUCCCAAGCCGACGCUCCGUCGACAGAGGACGACCCCCGCGUGCAGGCAGGCUUGGACUACUUGAAGUCCAAGCUGCGACCCAAGGAGUUCGCGAAGCAGCGAUUUGUGCGGGAUAGCAACUGUGCGGAGCUAGCGAAAGUACUGCACGACCAGGGCCGGCUCCCGAGAAACGCGGACGGUUCGCUUCCCGAGCUACCGGACACACUCUGCAAUGGUCGGUCCUGGAUUGGCCAACCUGCGGGCAACGGGGCGUUUUUCAUGCAGGCAAUGUGGAUCGACGCAUGUUUUGAGGAUGUGAAGCAGUACGCGGCGAGCCACAACCUCACCUACGACCUGGUGGUGCGCGCGCGACCGGAUCUUGGGUUCCUGGAGCCGUUAGACUGGCAGGUAUGCUGAGAAGAAACUGACACGCCAGCAGUUGCGCGUUUUUUGUAAGUAAAGAACUUCAGCGACCACACAAUUAUAAUAGCUAUGGACUCUCUGCGUCUGCGUGACAGAGAAAGCCAAAUCCUGCAAUUCAGAGAUGAUACGUAAGAAGUGCUUACGGAUAUAUAGAAAACCGAAAACAUAAACAUGAACAUCACGUAUGAAGCGAGUCCCCUGCUGCUGAGCAUAUCACGCAUGUCGACGGAGCUUGUCUGUAGUCUAGCUUGAUCUGCAACACGUGAUAUAUCGCGUGUCAGUGCAACGUUUUUUUUCUUUGCAUAGCAGGGCACAGGAACCGACUACCCGCUCGCCCGGGAUUACUUGACCCACCCGGCCCGCUCUCCCGACCCCAAUUCGGUGCGGGGGUGGGACUAUUUUUGGACCAUGCCCUUCAGCCUGCUGCAGCAAUAUCAGGCCGGCGUAACGGGGUGGUAUACGAAAAGGGAACCCGCGACUGGUUUGUCUUUGUGGUCGGAUAACCAGAACGGGAAGCUUCCACAUCCGGACAGGAAUAUGUUUCUCUACUUCGCCACCGUGUCGGUAAAGCGGCAGCUUCCAAUGGUGCUCGUCCGGAGUGCGAGUGUCUGGCACAGGGCCUGCCUCACUAGGUACCAACAUAACCACUUUUUCGGACCGGUCUCCGCGCGCCUCCUACAAAAAGCAGAGCAAGCAGCGGCGGCAGCUUGGUGGGGCAGUAGUACGACCGCGCUGCCACCCUGGCAGGUUGUGGGACAAGGACAAUCUGCAUAA